AUGAGUUCCGAUAAUCUCUCAUUUUUGAACUACCCAGAGCCCCAAGAAGGCCCCAAAGUACCGUACAAGAAUGAAACUCAGACCAUCCCGGUGUUUCGAGGUACUCCGUUGGCGAUCGGCGCGACAUUAAUUCAUAAUAUCGGUUUCAUCCAGAGUCAAUUCUGGCGUAAUGCUGGCUUUGAUGUCAUUCGCCAAAUCCCCCAUCUCAACGAGUACGCCGGCCGUUUUGAUCCCACCGUGAUUCCCGUCGACAAUGCGCCCAGUGGUGAUGUCCCAACGCCUCCAGUGCAGAGGAGGAAAGGCGAUAAAUACUACUAUACUUCCGCCGACUACCAUGCAUUGUAUUCCUCGGGCGAGUUGACCCCACUCGCCGUCGUGGAGACCUUGCUGCCUCUCGUGCGACGCGACGUUACGCCCGCGGGGAAGCACUCUACUGCUUUCUUGGAAUCGCAAGUUGAUAUCAUUUGUGCGGCUGCGGAGGCUUCUACGGAGCGGUAUAAGAAGGGCCAGCCAUUGGGGCCGCUUGACGGUGUACCAGUUGCGAUCAAGGAUGAAGUGCAUGUCACUGGUUACAAGCGUACACUUGGAACGAAACUCGACUUCAAGCAUGGAACUGACGCAACGUCGUGGUGUGUGCAACAAUGGCAAGAUGCUGGCGCUAUCGUGAUUGGAAAGACUACGAUGCAUGAGCUUGGCCUGGAUACGACUAACAAUAAUCCCAAUUUCGGAACUCCACGAAACCCCCAUAACAAGACCUACUACUGUGGUGGAUCUUCUGGUGGAUCUGGUUACGCCGUCAGUGCUGGAUUAGUGCCCAUUGCCCUCGGCGCAGACGGUGGCGGCUCGAUCCGUGUUCCAUCGUCUUUCUGUGGUAUCUGGGGUCUGAAGACUACUCAUGGCCGUGUGUCUGGUGCACCAUCCUUGAGUCUCGCUCCGACGCUUGGCGUUCUCGGGCCCAUGGCGAGCAGCAUUGACGACCUUGCUCUUGCGUAUCGGCUCAUGGCAACACCUGCCCCUGCUUCACAGGACGCGAUAUCCGCGCAGUUCCCCAAACCGCUUCCAUUACCCGCUGACCGUAAGAGGACCAAGAAGAUCGGCAUUGUCCGCGAUUGGAUCGAUCGUGCCGAAGCUCCUGUCCGAGCCGUGUUCGACUCUGCGCUUGACUAUUACCGUCAGCACGGCUAUGAAGUUAUCGAUAUCACGAUUCCAUACAUACCCGAAGGCCAACGUGCUCACGUUCUGACCAUCGUGGCAGAGAUUUCAUCCGGUGUCGAUCCGCGCCAGAUCCGCCACCUCUCAGCUCCGAACAAGGUCCUCGUCUCCGUUGGAACGUGGCAGAUCACCGCGCAAGAUCUUCUCACCGCUCAGCGCUUACGCAACCUGAUCAUGAAGCAUAUCGCAUAUCUGUUCAAGACUCACCCCGGUUUGAUGAUCUUCACACCUACAACACCAAUUCCGGGAUGGCAUAUCGAUGGUGGUGAGAAUGAGCUUUCUCGCGGCUUGUCGGAUGGCAAGACUUCCGUGCGGAACAUGGAGUAUGUUUGGCUGGCCAAUUUCAUGGGUUGCCCCUCGAUUAGUUGCCCGGCUGGUUAUGCCAAGGACAGUGGUGUACCCGUUGGUGUUAUGGCUAUGAGUGAUUGGGGUACUGAGGAAGACUUGAUUGACUUUGCUCGGGAUGGUGAGGGAUUUUUGGAUAUGCAGGUUCCAUCGGGCGAGGACUCGGUCUGGGAAGAUGUUAUUGGUAAAGCCAAGGAAGCAGGAACUGCGUGA